AUGCAGAACCCUGAUUAUGAUUAUCUCUUUAGUCAGUGCUUGCAUUCAGAGUGUGGGAAUGAAUCGGGGAUGGGUGGCAGUGUGCUGACGUGGUUCUCUCUCUCACACACACUCGACUCGACCCAACCUCGACUCGUGCCUCGCCGGACCGAUCACCUUCUUCUACACCGCUACCUUGACCUUGACCGACGCACUAGAACUGCUCCUCAUCGGCGACUCGGGCGUAGGCAAGUCGUGCCUGUUGUUGCGUUUCGCCGACGACACGUACACCGAAUCGUACAUCUCGACCAUCGGCGUCGACUUCAAGAUUCGCACGAUCGAACUGGAGGGCAAGACGGUCAAGUUGCAGAUCGUGAGUGUUGGUUCGGUGGGGAAUGCAGGCAGGCGCCUUUGAUCGGUCUCACCAGCGGGGAGGGCUUUCGGACGCGGGUCGACGGGUCGAGCACACUGGAAUGAGCCCUGGGGAGAUCGGAACCGACCUCUAGAACGUUUCGUUCUCGGGAAUGGGACAGGGUACAUGGCUCGAGUAAAAGGGCCGAGAUUGGGACUCGACGCGCCCAUCGAGUGACGAACGCCCCCCCCCCUCCCCCCCCUCCCCUCUGCCACACACCUUGAAGGGAUCGGCGACGCGAUGCCCCCCGCCCGUCCCCGUGUGUGAUGCACAUUUGGAAUGAGUUGAUUGCAACCGUGGUGGGCUGAGCGGGCGCUUCGUCGAGGGUCGGAUCACCUUGGCUCGGGGAGGACAACGCCAGGCACGGACCGCACCCACACCGACACACACCGCCGUUACGAAACCACAAACCCCCUUACGAUACUGAUCCCGUACGCGUUCAAUCUCUCACAGUGGGACACAGCAGGACAAGAACGUUUCCGCACGAUCACGUCGUCGUACUACCGCGGCGCGCACGGCAUCAUCGUCGUCUACGACGUCACCGACAACGACACCUUCUCCAACGUCAAGCAGUGGCUCCAAGAAAUCGACCGUUACGCAUGCGAGGGCGUCAACAAGUUGCUGGUCGGGAACAAGAGCGAUUUGACGACCAAGAAGGUGGUCGAUUAUUCGACCGCCAAGGAAUUCGCGGAUUCGAUCGCCGUGUCCAUGUUGGAGACCUCGGCCAAGAACGCGACCAACGUCGAACAGGCGUUCUUGACCAUGGCGAAGCAGAUCAAGGAUCGGUACGUUUCUCGGCGCAGCGAUGAUGGACUAUGGUGAAUCUUACUUGGGGAUACUCACAUGUUCUUAUCUUCUCCCUUUUUGCAGUAUGGCCACCACGCCCGUCAACUCGGGACCGGGUAAGGCCGCUCUCAAAGUCACGGCCGGGUCCGCGGUCAACCAACCCGCCGCUGGGGGAUGUUGCUAA